CACCAACAAACUCAACCUUCAUCUACCCUCCACGCUAUCGACCAACUCCAUCAUCCCAUUUAUCUAUCACCUACUAGAUCCUAUCAGCAUCUUUGAGAUCUGCUUUAGGACGUUUCAGCUCUACGCCAACCACCAUGCCAAGUGCCACUGGAAAAGACUGGGAAAAGUACAAGAAGUUCGCUGACGAAGAGGAGGACGAGAAGAAGAUUAUACCACUAUCGGAAGAAGAUAUCCAAGUCCUGAAAACCUAUGGCGCUGCCCCCUACGCUGCAUCUCUAAAGAAACUCGAGAAGGAUAUCAAGGACUUACAAACUAAGGUUAACGAAAAAAUAGGUGUCAAAGAAUCGGAUACGGGGUUGGCCCCACCACAUUUAUGGGAUGUCAUGGGGGACAAGCAGCGCAUGUCUGAGGAGCAGCCGUUACAAGUUGCGCGCUGUACCAAGAUCAUUCAGAGUGCAGAUGACCCAGAGAAGGCCAAAUAUGUGAUCAACGUUAAACAAAUUGCAAAAUUUGGUUGGCGUUGA